CUCCGGGCUCCUGCUCCCGGGAGCCCCGCAAACCCCGCUCCGCCCGCGCCCCGCACAGCACCGAGGCUCCCGGCCCGGUCCGCCCCGCUGCCCCUCCCCGGGGCCAUGGGGGCACCCCCGGGCUACCGACCCUCUGCCUGGGUGCAUCUCCUCCACCAGCUGCCUCGCGCCGACUUCCAGCUCCGCCCGGUGCCCAGCGGCUUUGCUCCCCGCGACCAAGAGUACCAGCAGGCUCUGCUGCUGGUGGCAGCCUUGGCUGGGCUGGGCUUGGGCCUGAGUCUCAUCUUCAUCGCUGUCUACCUCAUCCGAUUCUGCUGCUGUAGGCCUCCAGAACCCCCUGGGGCCAAGAGUCCCCCACCUGGAGGAGGCUGUGUCACCUGGAGCUGCAUCGCUGCCCUUCUCGUGGGCUGUGCAGGCAUUGGCAUUGGUUUCUAUGGUAACAGCGAGACCAGCGAUGGGGUGUCCCAGCUCAGCUCGGCACUGCUGCACGCCAACCACACGCUCAGCACCAUUGAUGACUUGGUGCUGGAAACGGUAGAGAGGCUGGGUGAGGCUGUGAGGACGGAGCUGACCACCCUGGAGGAAGUGCUGUCAGAACGCAUGGAGCUGGUGGCUGCCACCAGGGGAGCCCGAAGGCAGGCCGAGGCUGCAGCCCAGCACCUGCAAGGACUAGCCUUCUGGCAAGGAGUAUCCCUGAGCCCAGUACAGGUGGCAGAAGAUGUAACUUUCGUGGAGGAGUACAGGUGGCUGGCCUAUGUCCUCCUGCUGCUCUUGGUGCUUCUGGUUUGUCUCUUCACCCUCCUGGGCCUGGCAAAGCAGAGCAAAUGGCUGGUGGUUGUGAUGACUGCCAUGAGUCUCCUGGUGCUUGUCCUGAGCUGGGGUUCUAUGGGCCUAGAGGCUGCCACAGCUGUGGGCCUCAGUGACUUCUGCUCCAACCCAGACACCUAUGUGCUGAACCUGACCCAGGAAGAGACAGGGCUCAGCUCAGACAUUGUCAACUAUUAUUUCCUGUGCAACCAGGCAGUCUCCAACCCCUUCCAGCAGAGGCUGACUCUGUCCCAGCGUGCUCUAGCCAACAUCCACUCUCAGCUACAGGGCCUGGAGCGGGAAGCUAUCCCUCAAUUUUCUGCUGCACAGAAGCCCUUGUUAUCCUUGGAGGAGACGCUGAAUGUGACAGAAAGAAGCUUCCACCAGUUGGUGGCGCUGCUGCACUGCCGCAGUCUGCACAAGGACUAUGGCUCAGCACUCCGAGGCCUGUGUGAAGAUGCCCUGGAGGGCCUGCUGUUCCUGAUGCUCUUUUCUCUCCUGUCUGCGGGGUCCCUGGCCACCACUCUGUGUAGCCUGCCCCGUGCCUGGGCCCUCUUCCCGCCCAGUGAUGACUACGAUGACACAGAUGAUGACGACCCUUUCAACCCUCAGGAAUCCAAGCGCUUUGUGCAGUGGCAGUCUUCCAUCUGAGCCUGCCCUCCAGUCUGGAGCCUGCCUCUCCUCUACGGCUCAGCAGUGGAUUGCUUCUCAAAGUACCAUGUGAAUGCUGACAAGGGGGAAGAAGCAGAUUCCAGAAGAGAAUAAGCCUAGCACUAAAUCUAAACAGGCGUGCAUCCACAGGAAGAGUCAAGCUUCUAGUCACGUGGACUGUUCAAAGCCUGCUGGGAUUAGGAACCGUGUGGAAUCAACUUGCUUCCUAGAAGCUCACCCCCAGCACAAGAUGUCAGAAAACCAAUGCUUGUAUCCGGAUAUGGACAGAAGGCUUCAGAGAGGAAGUAGAACAUUUGCUUGUAGUGCCACCAGGGUGAUGUAAAGGGGAAAGAAAGGCUUAAGGAAGACAUUAUAAAUCCAGACAGGAAGAGAUGAGGCACUCAAUAACUUAUCAAGUAAAAACAAACAUGGCAGAGUCAAAAGGGAAAUUUAUUGUCUGGGGAAUAAUACCUAUGUAGUUCUCAUUGUUUAAAAAAAAAUUAGCACACAUGGCAAAGAAAAACAUUGUUGUUAAUAGGUAAACAUAAUUCAAAAAGCUUCUAUUAUCUAACAAAAAACCAACUCAAUUAGUAAGUAACUGAGAUGAACAUAUGAGGAAACAAAAACCCCAAGACAAAUGGAUAAAGUUGUCUUUUUUAUUUUGUCUUUUUUUUUUUUUUUUUUUUUUUGCUUUUUGUUUGUUUGUUUGUUUUGUUUUUUGAGACAGGGUUUCUUUGUGUAACAGCCCUGGCUGUCCCGGAACUCUCUUUGUAGACCAGGCUGGCCUUGAACUCAGAGAACAGCCUGCCUCUGCCUUCCUAGUGCUGAGAUUAAUGGCAUGUUAUCACCACACCCAGCUAAAUUGUGCUACUUUCCCCUUUCUAGUACCACUUGUUGUGGACUUUAAAGUGGGGUGUUGGCUGGUGCUGGUCUGCAGGCCCAGUGAAGAGGUUCUCUGAAUAUGCUGCCCAGAGGCUGUGAAUCACCAGCUAUGUGAAAAUAAUAAUAAAAUUCAAAACAAACAAAAAACCCUGCUUA